GACCGUUAGAUACCACUAUAAUCGUUUUCUCACGCGUGUACGAUCAAUAUACGAUACAUAUGUUAUUUUAAGAAGUUACUGAAUUACAAUGGAGUCCCUUCAAGAAAUUUGUCAAUACUUAAAUCCGAAUACGCGACUAGACUUAAAAGCUGUUGCAUUAGAACAUAUCCUCAGCGUAACUGGAACCACAGAAGGACGAGAGCUGCUAUUAAAACUUCCAGAUUUAUUGACGCAAUUAAUUGCGUUGACACAAGAUUCUUCUGCAGCAAUCUCCAAAGAUGCAGCUCUGGCUUUAAUAAACAUAACUGCGGAUGAAGCGGGAACCAGUGCAUUUUUGUUGAUAUCAGAAACUCACCCAAAGGAUGGAAAAUAUAAUUACAAUUUAAUACAUGUUUGUAUUAGCUGUAUAAUGGACGAAGAAAGCAUCUUGGCAGAUCCAUGCUGCAUGAUCCUUUCCAAUAUGACCAGACCACAGCACUUGGUUGAUAGAGUUAUAGCACUUAUUGAAACAAGCGGUUAUACAUGGGACUCUAUUGUGACAGCAUUCACUGCGAUUCAUUACAACAAUUCUGGAGCCAACCUUCAUUAUUUAGGCCCAGUUUUCAGUAAUCUCAGUCAGUCUCCACAUGUGAGAAGGUAUUUAAUGGACAAAGACCGCAGUGUCAUCCAGAGACUGCUUCCUUUUACAGAAUAUGCAAGCAGCUUAGUGAGACGCGGUGGAAUUAUUGGCACUUUAAAAAACUGUUGCUUUGAUGUACAAAAUCAUGAAUGGUUAUUAAGUCCUGAAGUGGAUAUUUUGUCAUACCUUUUGUUGCCAUUGGCUGGACCAGAAGAGUUUGAUGACGAGGACAAUGAUAAAUUACCAACUACUCUGCAAUAUUUGUCAGAGACGAAAACGAGAGAGCCAGACUUGGAUAUCAGGAUCAUAUUACUAGAAGCCUUAGCUCAACUUUGUGCAACAAGGAAAGGCAGGGAAAUAUUGAGAAAACAAAAUACAUAUAUAAUACUCAGAGAGUAUCAUAAAUGGGAACAGAAUAAGAAUGCGUUGUUAAUCUGUGAGAACGUUGUAGAUAUUUUGAUCAGGACAGAAGAGGAAAUAGGCUUGGAUAAUCUGAAAGACGUAGAAGUCCCCUCGGAGUACACAGAAAAAUUCCAUAAAAUGGAUCAAGAUUUUAUUAAUAGUACAUGAAGAAGUAUCGGUGCAAUAAUAGGAAUUGCCUCAUAUUUCAUACAUAUUACACGAGAAAUGUACAUAUUAUAAUAAAACGAUAAUUUACCUCAGGAGAGACGAGGCUGCGCGUGGUAUUGCACUGUUCCCUUGCUUCGUUUGUUAAACUAUCUUUAGUCAAGUUAUCAGGUCCUGUGUAGCAACAGAGGAUUGACAAAAGUACAAACUAAUAAUUGAUCAUAUUCAACCAAAAAUCUUACAAACAGAUCUAUGCUAAAUUGGAUCAGCUAUCAUUGCGAAUUAUUUUCACGCAUACAUUAAACAGCAGUCAAAAAGACGAAUAAAAAAAUUGUUUACAUCUCAA